AAAAAAAUGAAUUAUUGAUGAGACAGAUUUAAACAUGACAGGACUAAUUCUAUGGAUCAUUCUAAGCCUCAAUCUAGGCGGUCAAGGUGCACAAACCUGUGAUCCAGAGAAGCUUACUCUUAUUCAGAAUCAAUUUUCAUCAUGCAGGAACAAUCUUACAACAACAUACCAUGCACAGAGAAGCUCUUUGUGCAAUUUACUGUCUGAUAUACUAUCUGUAUGUGGUGAGAUCUGGGUGACCUGCUACAGGGACAACGAGCUGAACAGUUUGCGUGUAGGGUUUACGCGCGCAUUUAUUGCGCAUUGGGGGGACCAGGCUGAACAUUGUGAGAGUUUAGAAGUUUUCAAUGUGCAAGAUGAAGACAACAAGGACCAGGUGGAAAGGAUUGAGUGUACAGACAUAGAAUCCGGGAAUAUUAUGACGGAGUACAGUGAGUGUACGCACAUGUACACAAGCCAAGUGUACAAUGCAGUUACACGCCUCAGUCAUGGGACUGAAAUGUUGGAGAGUAUCUGUUCUGGACUAAAGAAUAUAUCCCAGUGCUCCAGUAUUCUUCAACCUUGCUUCUCCAGACUUGAUACUCAUAACAUGGCUGAAGCAAACAUACUGGAUAUAAAGGCUUUCUAUCUGCGUAUUUCGCGUGGUAUUGUGACAAUGGAAAUGCUGGAGGAGUGUAUGAAGACAGUAGAUAAUAAUUCCUCUCAAUCUAAUGAACAGAGCAGUACAGAAGAAACUGGUUUAUCAAGAAGUAUAGAAGAAACUGGUUUAUCAAGCAGUACAGAAGAAACUGGUUUAUCAAGCAGUACAGAAGAAACUUGUUUAUCAAGCAGUACAGAAGAAACUGGUUUAUCAAGCAGUACAGAAGAAACUGGUUUAUCAAGCAGUACAGAAGAAACUGGUUUAUCAAGCAGUACAGAAGAAACUGGUUUACCAAGCAGUACAGAAGAAACUGGUUUAUCAAGCAGUACAGAAGAAACUGGUUUAUCAAGCAGUACAGAAGAAACUGGUUUACCAAGCAGUAUAGAAAAAACUGGUUUAUCAAGCAGUACAGAAGAAACUGGGUUAACAAGCAGUAUAGAAGAAACUGGUUUAUCAAGCAGUACAGAAGAAACUGGUUUAUCAAGCAGUACAGAAGAAACUGGUUUAUCUAGCAGUACAGAAGAAACUGGUUUUCCAAGCAGUAUAGAAAUAGAUGGCUUAAUAUUUGGUUUACAAACAAGUACACCAAUAUCUGGUUUACAAACAAGUACACCAAUAUCUGGUUUACAAACAAGUACACCAAUAUCUGGUUUACAAACAAGUACACCAAUAUCUGGUUUACAAACAAGUACACCAAUAUCUGGUUUACAAAGCAGUACACAAAGCAACACUGACGAUGAUUUUGAUUCAAGAUUAGUAAAUGAAGACUUGGAUAUAUUUAAAGAUAUACAAGAGGAACAGGAGCUGAUUGAAUUAUUAUCAAAUCAGAUUGAUGGUGUCAGCGGAGAGACUAAUGAUAUAGACACAUUUGAGAGGGAGCUUAUGGAGGAGGAGAUGUUCAAUGAGCAAGAUGAACAAGACGUAUCUGCUGUUAUAGCUAAUGAUUCAUUUGUCACUUCUGAAAUAAUAGAUCCAUUAAAUUCAAAAUCUGCAUCAGUUGAUACAUUGUAUGCAUCAACAAGGUCAUUAAGUGAAGCACAGAAUGCAUCAAAGGAAACAAUAAGUAAAUCAAAUGAUAGUUUUACUGUGAUAAAUGCAAAUCACGACCCAGUUGUUGAAAACCCUUCUUCAAUUUAUACUCUUGAAGAUCAUUUAAAACUAAAUUCAGAAAGUGACGAUGAAUUAAAUUUUGAAAAUAUAAUAGAAUCAAAUGCUAGUCUAUCUAAUAAAGUGUUUGUUGCUAACAGCUCGAAUGAGCUAACUGAACCCAACCAAGAUAUAACAAGUGAAAAAGAAAAUAAUCGACCUGAUAUUUCCGUCAGAUCGAUCAAAACAAAUCAUGAAAUUAGUGAUCAGAAAGGUUUGCAUAAUGAUUAUGAUAAGGAUGGAUUAUAUGACAAGCAAAAUCCUGAUGGUUUUCAUGUUCGUGAACAAAAGGAAUAUUCUCAAACAUUAUCCUCAUCCUCUCUAACUAUUAAUUUAACAACCAUUUGUAAUUGUAUAUUCUUCUUUACUUUUUACAUAAAACUCGCUGUUUAAAUAUUAAAAAUGUCCACUAUUAUAA